GUAUACAAUCCAAUUACUAUUCCGUUGUCUAUUCCACAUUGAAUGAAAACAUUUUUAUUUUCAAUAUAUACUGUUUACUCAUCUGCUAGAAUUUGAAAUCCCAGUAAUUUGAUAAUUAUAAUGUAUUUGGACAUUAAAAAUCAGAAAAUUAAACAAAUCAUAAGAAAGAUUAUAUAAUCAUGGAAGGGCUGCAAAUAUAUAUAUUUUAAGAAAUAUAUAUAUUAUAAUUAUAUAUAUAAUUAUAUAUAUUUUGCCGAACAUAUACAUUUGACCAUAAUACACUGAUCAUUUUUGCCAGGCGCGUAUUUGCGUCCAUAGUCCAUACUGAUAGCAUCUGCCAAGCGCGUAUUUGAGUUCAUAGUCUAUAUCGAUAGUUUUCGCUGGACGCAUAUGUGCGUCCAUAGCAUUCAAAGGGUUAACAAAAGAUUUCUUUCUUUUUUGAAAGAAGAAAAUAAAGUUAUAAUGUUAAAAAUAUUAAAACGUUCAACCAGUAAUCUAUUACAAAUUAAACACGGUGUUUCCAUAAUGUCACCAAAACAAUUGACAUCGUUAUCCAAAGAUACAUUGGAAAGCUUCCUAAAUUCCAUUGACAUUGUUUUAUCGGAUUGUGACGGUGUUUUAUGGAAAGAAAAUGACGUGAUAACAGGAUCACCUGAAACUGUGAAUAAACUUACAGAAUUGAAGAAAAAAUUUUUUUAUAUAACAAAUAAUAACACGAGAACGAGACUUGAAUUUGUAGAAAAAUGCAAAGGAUUUGGUUAUAAAGCAACUACAGAUGAUAUAGUAUGUACAUCAUUUUUAGCAGCAGUGUAUCUUAAAGAAAAACAGUUUAAGAAAACAGCUUAUAUAAUUGGAAGUACCGCAAUUGGUAAGGAAUUAGAAGAAGUAGGCAUCAAACAUUGUGGUAUCGGACCUGAUGCUAUGGAAGGAGAUGAACUGGAUUUAGUAAAGGAGUUUAAACCAGAUCCAGAUAUAGGUGCUGUAAUUAUAGGUUUCGAUAAAUAUUUUAGUUAUCCAAAAUUGUUGAAAGCCACUACUUAUUUAGCAAAUCCUAAUGUUCAUUUCAUUGGAACGAAUUGUGAUACAGACAGACCUUCUCCAAAUACAAAUAAAUACCCAGGUAGUGGUUGCUUUAUAAAAGCUGUUGAAGUAGCUAGCAAUAGAUCUGCCAUAAUGCUUGGGAAACCAGAAACAUUCCUAAGCGAAUAUAUUACUAAGAAAUAUAACUUAAAUCCUGAAAGAACAUUGAUGAUCGGGGAUAACCUUAAGACCGAUAUUCUUUUGGGAAAACGUUGUGGUUUCAAGACGUUACUUGUAUUAUCAGGCGUGACUACAAAGUCCGAGAUAGAAUCUAUUAUAGCAUCUGAGAAAAUACAAGAUGACCUCGCGAUACCUGAUUUUUAUACCAAUCAGUUAUUAGAUGUGUUCCAUAUUUUGUCAAAUAAUUGAGAAUAAGUGUUAGAUUAAAAAUAAUUAACAUUUUUAACAUAAUUUGUCAAUAGAUUUCAUUGGAAAGAAGUUUAUAUAUUACAAACAUGAACAGAGAUCCUUAUUUUGUUGUGAAAUCUCUAAGAAUAAUUCUAUCAUAUUUCGAUUUUUUCUUGUAAUUGAUUUUUCUUUUCGCUAUAUUAGCGGUUAUAUUGUAAUAACAAUAAAAGCACUUGAUGUCAAUAUUAGUCAAUAUUAGUUAAUAAAUAUUAAAUCUUUUAACGCACAGACAUAAACAAUAUUUUUAUUGCAAAAUAAGAUCUUAUUUUUGUUCUAAUAUAUAAAAUAUUAAUGUGUAUGUACGAGUAGUAGAGGCAUGUUGAUAAAUUAGGAUGUUUAGAAAAAGUUAUAUAGAAUUUAAAAAUCAAACAUUUAAAUAAAAUAAAUUAAUAUAUUUGUGUA